GAGCGCCAUCUGCUGGGCUGGAGGACGACCUGGAGCAGAACAUGUGAGCAGUCAGUGCUUUGUGAGGGAGAAGUACCAGCGAGCUGCUGUCUGACAUGUUCUGACCCAAAACACAACCAGAGCAGAUCUGAUCAGACUGUAGCUCCGUGUUAAUCUACGCUGUGUCGGAUCUGUGUGGUGUGGAGGAGCAGAGACGACCCGGCUCUUACAUCACUCUUUGUUUCCAGCCGAGGCUAAGCUAACAUCAGCUAAAGAUCAGUGUUGACAGGAAACAUCAGCUAAAGAUCAGUGUUGACAGCUAACAUGGCCUCUGUGUCUCUACCUGCCAGAACAACAGCUGUCUUAUUGGACAUCGAGGGAACCACCACUCCAAUCACAUUUGUUAAGGAUGUCUUAUUUCCCUACAUCAGAGAGCAUCUGGAGGAUCAUCUGUCCUCUCACUGGGAAGAAGAUGAGUGUAAACAAGAUGUCCACCUGCUGAAGAAACAGAUUGAAGAGGACAUAAAGCAGAACCGGGCCUGUCCAGUCCACACUGUGGACCAGACGGUCCACACUGAUGAGGAGAAGGCCAUCAGGGAGGUGGUGGAGGACGUCUUGUGGCAGAUGGCAGCAGACAGGAAGUCCACAGCUCUCAAACAGCUCCAGGGUCACAUGUGGAGGGCAGCGUACACCUCUGGGAGAAUCAGAGGCGAGAUCUAUCCUGAUGUGGUUCCAUGCAUCAAAACUUGGCGAGAGCAUGGCCUGAAAGUUUUCAUUUACUCCUCUGGAAGUGUGGAGGCUCAGAAACUACUGUUUGGGUAUUCUGUUGAAGGAGACCUUUUAGAUUUAUUUGAUGGUCACUUUGAUACGACAAUAGGAGCAAAAGUCGAUGCUAAAAGCUAUGAAAGGAUUGCAGAGAGGAUUGGCUGUCAGCCUGAGGACAUCACCUUCCUGACAGAUGUUACCAGAG